CGUGUUUCUUUUUAUGUUUUAUCACAUUUAUCAAUCUAUCAUCAAUUCAAUACCUCAUAUUAUUUUAUAUUUUUUUCUAGUUAUAUUAUCUCUACCCUAAAUAAUCUUCCCUUUUUGACUUUUUACCGCGCGAGGAGGAACUUGCGGGCUAAGCUUCCGCCACAUACAAGCAAAAUUGAAGAGGCCGGAAAGGAGAUGGAAGGCGGCGGCGGCGGGUGUGGUGUGAAACCGGCGUGGCUGGAGCGGUUGACGGCGGAGGAGUCGUUCUUUGCCGUGUGCGGGGCCCACCAACGGCGGAGGAAGAGGAACGAGAAGAACAUAUUCUGCUUACUCUGUUGUCAAAGCUUCUGUCCUCAUUGCCUCCCUUCUCAUCAAUCUCACCCUCUUUUACAGGUAAGGAGGUAUGUCUAUCAAGAUGUCAUUAGAUUGGAUGACCUUGAGAAGCUCAUUGACUGCUCCUACAUUCAGCCAUACACAAUAAACAGCGCCAAAGUAAUAUUCUUAAAUCAAAGGACACAGUCGAGGUCUAGUUGCAAGGGCUCGGCCAAUUAUUGUUUUACUUGUGACAGAAUUCUUCAGGCCCCUCAUAGCUUCUGUUCUCUCUCAUGCAAGGUCGAUUUUAUGGUCUACAAUGAUCAAGACUUGUGUAGCAUUGUGUCCAAGUUCGAUGCAUCCGAGAUUGAUGUGGAGGAUGGGCUUCUUCAAAUGGACGGCUCAGAUUCGCAGGACACAGACGGCCAAAUUACCCCAAACUCUAUCCUAGAGGGCCCACUGGAUAUUUACAAGAAGAACUCGUCAUCCUCUUGCUCCAAUAAUUAUGAAUUGGGCAUUUCCGGAAUUUCACUUUCCCCUCCUCCGGAAACAACCGCGAAUAACAACAAUAAUAAGGGCCCCGCCGGUUUCAUGCUCUCUUUGACGACCAGUCGCCGCAAGGGAGCUCCUUCUAGGUGGCGGUUUGGUGAUGAUUUGCAUGGCGCCGGCGAAAUAAGCUCACGGCUGUCACCAAUUUUGUACCUAUAGUGUAAUGGAAAUUAGACACACAUAUCUACAUAUAUGUACAAUUAACCCAAAUGCACCUCAUUUCUUUAUUUAUUUACUUCUACCCCGCAUUAUUUAUUAAUUAGGCUUUGUUUGAAUGAAGGAAUUCAAAAAUACUAGGGGUACACCAAUUUUUGUAUCCCAUUUGUAACCCCCUCCAUCUCUACCACACAAAAGCAACAGAAGAAAAAAAAUUAAAAAUAUAAAAGGAAAUCAAUGGCUAGAAUUUUU